AUGGGUGAAUCCGAAAAAGACUCGCUCCCUCUGUAUUACAUCAUACUCGCAUUGUUUAUGGCCUUCUUUGGUGUAGUAGGAAAUGGAAUGGUUUUCUUUCUUAUUUGUUCACGAAGACGACUUCAAGUCGUUGGUAAUUAUUUUGUGGCCUCUCUUGCAGCUGCUGACCUUUUGGUAGGGUUAUUUCUCCCAAGUUUUUUCAUCGUCUGCAACGUUUGGUCUGCGUGUGACAUUGUCACCUAUAAUAUGUUCUUUAAUCUUUUUACGUUAGUCUCUAUAGCAAGUUUGUUUGUUAUGACGGUGGACCGUUAUAUAUCAAUUGUUUUUCCCUUUCGGUAUCCAUCGCACGCGACCACUUCUCGAAUAUUUGCUGCUAUAACAGCUUCUUGGGUUUUGCCAGCACUUUUCUCUUUCUCUCCUCUAUUCUGGAUGUUUUCGUCAUCUGAAUAUGUCAAGACGAUCGCAAAAAAGGUUCACGCCUUCAUUGUUAUAACUACAUUCGAGGUCGUGCCCACAGUUGUCAUGCCAACGAUGUAUGCUCACAUCUUUCGCACCGCAAGAAGGCACGCACGUCAGGUCGAGGCCCACAAAACACAGCUUGAGUACAAUUCCACGCACAGUGAGGUUCCUAAACGGACAGCAAACCUAGACAUGCUAACAACUACAGGGAAGAAAAUGUCUAGUGCCUCACAGACAAGCGCAGGAGAAAGAAAACCUGAUGGAUCUAGCAUCGCAGUCUUGGGAUCUGUGAUCGGGCUUUUCGUUUUGUGCUGGUCCUUUGACACUGUUAUAUCAUUUUGUAACAAGUUAGAGUUGUGCGUUACAAACGAUCAUCUUUUCAGGGUUGCUGAUUUGAUGAUUUUCCUUAAUUCUGCUAUUAAUCCGCUGGUUUAUGCUUUACUGAAAAAGGACAUAAAAAAGGAACUCAGAAGUUUACGUAUUGGUAUUCGUAAUAAAGACACGAAAGAGAGUACAUAA